UGAAGGAAUACAAAGAUAUCCUUAUGGAGGACACAUCUGAAAUGAACGAGGUGCAGUUAGCAACGCAUCAGCGCCUAGUUGAAUUCGCCAUGAAAGAACUAGGAAUGUCUUAAUUCUUGUUGUUGUCUUUCUUAGCGUGUGCCAAUGUUGUGAUUUUAGCAUUUCUACUUAUUGAUUAUGCAUUAGUGUUGUAAUUUUAGCAUUUCUACUUAUGUGUAUUGCAUCAGUGUUGUAAUUUUAGCAUUUCUACUUAUGUAUUCUGCAUUAAUGUUGUAAUUUCAGUAUUCGAAUUUUUCUUAAUGUGUACUGCGUUUCUACUUAUGUGUUCUAUAUAGCCGUUGGGGAAUAUAGCCGUUGGGGAAUAUAGCCGUUGUGGAAUAUAGCCGUUGGAGAAUAUAGCCGUUGGGGAAUAUAGUCGUUGGGGAAUAUAGCCGUUGGGGAAUAUAGCCGUUGUGGAAUAUAGCCGUUGGAGAAUAUAGCCGUUGUUGUUUCUCUUAUUUAUACAUGUCAUAUUUCAUUCAUCUCAACAUUCAAGAGUUGUUUUGUCCUCUCAUAUUUUCUUCCUCCUAUCCAAUUACACUGAUAGUUUCUCAUUGUGUCAUAGAAUGGAUCCAAACAAUAUGGCCGACUUGGACAUUUACGACGUUGUCAUUGACGAACUUAUCAAUGACACGACUAUAGAAGAUAUGAUGCAGGAGGAGAUGGAGUUUUAUCAACGACGUGCCAACACCGUUAGGCCCAAGCGAACAAGAAAGGUGAUAGAGAGAGAUCGUGAAGCUGGGAACGAGCGGUUGUGGAAUGACUACUUCUCCGAAAAUCCUGUGUACACGGAAGAGCUUUUCCGACGAAGGUUUCGAAUGCGAAAGCAUGUGUUCCUCAGAAUUGUAGGGGCCCUUGGGUCUCAUGACCCGUACUUUUUAAUGUCUGUCGAUGCAGUUGGAAGACAAGGCCUGUCACCAUUACAAAAGUGCACCGCCGCUAUUCGUAUGUUGGCGUACGGAUCACCUGCUGACAGUGUUGACGAGUACGUUCGAAUUGGUGAAAGUACUGCAAUUGAGUGCUUAAAGAAUUUUGUGGAAGGUGUGUGUGCAGUAUUUGGUGGAACAUACUUGAGGCGCCCGAACCAGGAAGACAUUACCCGCUUACUUCAAUGGGGCGAGUCUCGUGGAUUUCCAGGUAUGUUGGGUUCUAUUGAUUGUAUGCAUUGGGAAUGGAAGAAUUGUCCAGUUGCGUGGAAAGGUCAAUUCACCCGAGGUGAUCAUGGAAAGCCCACAAUCAUGCUUGAAGCAGUGGCAUCACAAGACUUGUGGAUUUGGCAUGCAUUUUUUGGCAUUGCAGGUUCUAACAAUGACAUUAAUGUGCUAAAUCAAUCUCCGGUUUUUAAUGAGGUUUUGAGUGGAAAUGCUCCCAUGGUGAACUUUAGCGUGAAUGGAACAAUGUAUAACAUGGGAUACUAUCUAGCAGACGGUAUCUAUCCCCCGUGGGCUACAUUUGUGAAGACCAUCCCAAUGCCGCAAGGAGAAAAAAGGCAAAAAUUUGCGAAAAGACAAGAAGGAGCAAGAAAGGACGUUGAACGUGCAUUCGGCGUUCUCCAAUCUCGGUUUGCAAUAGUUCGUGGUCCAUCACGCUUUUGGCAUCCGAAUGAGAUGAAGUCAAUAAUGUAUGCUUGCAUCAUAUUGCACAACAUGAUUGUUGAAGAUGAGCGCAACACGUACCGAGGUAAUUUUGUUUAUGAUCAGGUCAAUAAUGACAUAUUGGAUGCUGAAGUAGUAAGUGGUCCUAUUCCCGCUUUUAGAAAUAUCUUGGAAAGAAGAGCACAUCAAAUUGAUAGGUCAAUUCAUCACCAGCUUCAAGCAGACUUGGUGGAGCAUAUUUGGCAGCUUCCCGAAAACGAGAAUAAUGAAAAUUAACCUUCAAGUGUUAUUAUGUAUUUCAUUUCAAAUGUAUUGUUGCUUAUUUUUCAUUGUCAUGUAUUUUCUUUCGUCUUUAUUUCUAUCAUUCAAUAAAAUUGUUUUUGCUAGAAAUAACACAAUGUACUUUUUUAUUUUU